AUGAGCGAGACGGACCGCUUCGACAGCAUGCUGCUGACCAUCGCGCAGUCGCAGCGCGGCAUCGAGCCGCUGCUGGACACGGUGUUCUCGUUCCUGCGGCGCAAGACCGACUUCUUCACGGGCGCGGAGCCGCAGGUGAUCGAGGACACGAUCCUCAAGAGCGUGCGCAAGCAGGCGGCGCUGGCCGAGAAGGACCAGUUCCACAAGAAGCAGCAGGAGGCCGAGAAGCGCAGGAAGCAGGAGGCGGCGCGCAAGGCCGCAAAGCUGGAGAAGAAGCAGAAGAAGGAGGAGGAGGCGCCGCGCUUCGAGGAGAUCACGGACGACGCCGACGUGGAGACCAAGGAGGCCUCACCCGAGCAGGCGUCGCCCCAGAAGGUGGACGCGGCCGCGAAUGAAGGGGACGAAGAGGAGGACAACGGACCACCGCUGGUUGGCAAUGGAGGCCAGACGGACAAGUACGUGUGGACCCAGACGCUGCAGGAAGCCCAGGUCAACUUUGCCGUCCCCGAGGGCACCAAGUCCCGACAGGUUGACGUGGAGAUCCGCGCCGGCAAGCUGCGAGUGGGUCUGCGCGGCGCUGAGCCGUUCGUGGAUGGCUCUCUGUACAACAAGGUGAAGGUGGACGACAGCUUUUGGACGCUGGAGGACGGCAACCGCAUCUGCAUCUACUUGCAGAAGGACAACCAGAUGGAGUGGUGGAAGACCAUCAUCCAGGGUGAUGCAGAGAUCGACACCCAAAAGGUGCAGCCAGAGAACUCCAAGCUCGAUGACUUGGACUCGGACACGCGCCAGACCGUUGAGAAGAUGAUGUUCGACCAGCGUCAGAAGGCGAUGGGUCUCCCCACCAGCGACGAUAUGCAGAAGCAGGAGAUCCUGCAGAAGUUCAUGGCGCAGCACCCCGAGAUGGACUUUAGCAAGGCCAAGAUCAAUUGA